AUGCACGGUCACGAGGACGGCUACGGACAGGAGCAUGAAGGGGCUGAAGGAGAUGAGGGCUAUGACUACCAAGAUCCCCAAGGUCAUGACCUCCAGAGCAUGGGUGGCGAGAUGGAUCAAGAUGGUGAUGUGGCAUCAUUGAUUCAGAUGAUGGUCAAGUUGAUAAUGGAACCACAACCUGGGCCUUCACAUGUUCCCAAGCCACAACAUGCUCAUUCGAGAUUUGCACAAGAUCCUCAUCAUUCCGCCUCAAUGCAGCUCCUCGACAAAAUUGCUUCGGAACCUAUCCAUGAGUCCCAUAUAGAAAGCAUGGUCCAUGUUGGACUUUUGUUGCUCGCUCGAAUGGCUAAAAGAAUUGGUAUGACUGCAGGCCAUGAGGCUCAAGAGGAGGGCGAGGGCGAAGACCUAGGACACGACCAGGGCCACGACCAAGGCCACGACCAAGGCGAAGGCGAAGGCGAUGAGUGCUAG